GAUAGUGGAUGCUGCUCGGAGCCCGCUGCUGACCUAGCCCCCCCUCUACCGCUCUAAUCGCUCUCCUCUCGUUCUCUGCGCUCGCCAGUGCUCUCCGUGUGCUGUCGGCGUCUGCCGCGCGUCUGUCCGUGUGUCUGUAUGUGAUUGUUUACAAACACCAGCCUAUCUAUCAGCGCGUCUACCCAGAGUCAAUAGUACUAAGUGGUCUGUGGUCUACGGUGUUUAGGUUAUCCAACUGUUGGUGCCUGUUGGUGUGGUGUUGGUGAGGUGUCAAGUGCGACGUGAUUCCCGCUUCUAGCGUCGGGUCGGGAGAACUUUGGAAUUUAGGAUAACAGUCAUUACGUCCUUCAGACAAAAAUAUCUGCAGCAUGGAUCGUUCUGCUUGACACUAUGAGUGAGUACCGACAGCAAACUUCCAGGGACAGUGAUGACCUGGAGGAAACCUUCGUGUACAGUGGUACAGAACCUCCGAGGCCGCAGCCCAGAGCUUACCGACCGCGAUCGUCAACGUCGGACACCAUCCCCUUCGCAGAUGCCGAGGUGGUGGCUCCACAAGGGCGGUUCAGCAACGGGAAUACCAAGGAAGAUAGCUUGGAGCGUCGAAGGGUCUUAAAGUACCUUAUUCCUCCUCCACCCCCUCCUCCACCACCCACUUCAGUUCCCCCUCCUCCUCGGAACAACACAUCGACUACUCUCGAGUCAGAGGACUCCACCAGCCUUAACAAUAUCCUGGAUGCCUUGGACGAUCUAGAGCAGCCCGAUGAUUCCGACGAGGAUCUUCUGAGCUCGAUGGCUACCACGGGAAGCAUCGAUGACUCCGAAGACGACCUGGAUGUACUCACCGAUCUCCCCGUCAGUGUAGGAAAGUGGAGUGCGAUCAAAAGUGAAGUGAGCAUGCGUGAUGUGCGGGCUGAUAACGGAGUUGCGCGAGUGUUACCGAUUACACCCGAGAACCUCCGAGAGCAGCCGAGUGGCCACGAAGACGUCCGAAGUGAACGGAGCACUCCGACCUCAACAUCGCAACUCAAAUUACAGGUAGGCUGUCAAUUAUUCUGCUUCACUGGUUUAACUUUUAAUUAUAGCUUCCAAAGAGUUUGAGCUCCGAGAUACUGCGCAUUGGAUAAAAACACACAUUUCCAUGUCAAUCCUUAACGUUGAACUGUGUCAGAUUUCCGCCAUUGUAGGGUGUAUUACUCUUAAACUCGACUGUCGGUACUUUUUAAAAGAAUAGAUGUUUAUUUAAAAUGUGAUUGUCUCUAACAUUCAAUUUACGUCUUAAGAUUUUAUGUAGUUAUGAACAUGAUCUCAUGUCGCCCUUUGAUCGCUACUUUUUCCCCCUCCAGAUAGCUUUGACUUCUGACUGUUGAGGUUUUAUUGAUGUUUAUCUUAAGGUAAGAACGCUCAAACUCCUCGUGGUUGGAGCAGGAAAACGACCUUGUCGGUGUUUUAAGCCGCUCGGGCAGCUUGUUGGAUUACCCGGUUCCCUUUGAGUGGCGUAAUCUCGAUAUUUUUUGGCAGGUGUGAGAAUCGAUACUUAUCUGGUCAAAGACGAGAUUUUAUAAUUUAAUUAGUGGUUGAUAAGUGGUAAGGUUCUACUGUAUUUUAUUAUUAAUAUACAUAUUACACAGUUUGUUGGGUUUUUCUUCUUUAUUAUUUUUUAUAUUAGCCAGACGUUGAGUCAUGGUACCCUAGACAAUCCCUGUGCUAAGUGUAAAGAUAAGAUGUAUUGUAGUAAAAAUAUACUUGUCUGCGGGUGUAUGACUAUCAUGCACAUGUUCAAAAGUUGUUUUAGAGUCCUUUAAAGCUUUAGUUUAUAUGUCUAGUAAGUUCAGAAUGCUUUGAACGUCAGAAAGCUAGGAAUGUUGAGAUUCAAAUUAUUCAUACAAAAUCGGUCUCUUGUCUUUUUUUUUUAAACUAGUGGUAUUUCUGUGGGUCAUGAAGUUCACACUAACAUACUUCUGUAGACACCGAUAUAUGAGCUUCUUUCCGAAUAUUCAAUAGAUCGUCGAUGAAAAAGUGACUAAGGUUCUAGAGCUGCAAUAUUAUCUAGAGGAAAGACCUAGUGUAAUGUGCUGUAAUAGUCUGUCUUAUUCCCAUCAGCUGUAUUAUGUGAUUUGGUAAAUCUUGAGAAUGAGUUGGCUUCAAAAGUUGCACAGAACGACAUUACUGAAAAGCAGACCGUUGUUCUUGAAGAUUAUUCAGGAAUUGCUUCAAGCGAUGAUUAUAUAAAUGAGACGCAAGUGCUCGUGGAUACACCUGUUGACCUUUUGAAUAAAAAAUUGAUUAUUAGCCUGCUUCAUGAUUCACUUUGGUCAAAAAGGGCUGUUAAUAUCCUACGCAAUAUACUACUUUAAAUUACAAUUGUUACAGAAAAGAAACGCCUUUGCAGUGCUGUAUUAGUGUUCAGAUCAA